AUGAAUACUGUACAGAAUUUUAUAUUAUUCGUUGUUUUGGUAAUUUAUUGUGGUUAUUCUAAUGGUCUGGUUUGUUAUGUAUGUCAAAAUUGUGCUGAUCCUGCUGAUUUAAAUGAAUUCACAAACAAUACAUGUCCGGGUCCUUGUAUGAAAAUUAACACUUUCAUUCCAACAAUGGGUUCUUAUAUAUAUAAAGCAUGUACAAAAACUUGCACGGAAAAAAAACUUUAUUUUGGUUUUUCAAAAUUUGAAGUUCAUUGUUGUAAUAAUACAGAUCGUUGUAAUACUGGUCAACGUUCAACAUUUUUUAAUCAUUUUACUCAACUGAUUAUGACAUUUGCUAGUGUUACUUUUUCAUUUUUACUAUUUAAUCGAUUAACAACAAUAGUCAGUAUUUAA